UCUUCUGGUGCCACUGAUAAGCUUGGCAUAUAAAACGUUUGUCUCAGUGUUGAUGCCGCCAUUGUAGAGAUUGUGACUAAUAGCAACAUAAUGAAAACGAUUCUCGUACUGUCCGCACUGUUUGGUGCGGUUUAUAGCAACUCGUUGAUAUGUCGCAACUACCCAGACGGUGCACUGAUCCCCAACCCGGAAAACUGUGCCGAAUUCUUUAUGUGUCGGCCGGGACGGGCCGUUCGCUUCACCUGUCCGGCGUCCACCCAGUUCAACACAGCCAUUCAAGCAUGUGACCCGCGAAUGGCCGUCCGCUGCAGACCGGGAAAGAUUCCUGUGGACAAAGAGUACACCCCGAUAACUGCGUCGCCAUCCAAAAUCGAACACACAAAUACUGCUUGCAUCGAUAAGCCGGUGGCCACACUCUUACCGAACAGUGCCGAAUGUGGUAGCUUCUACCAGUGCUCCCCAACCGGAGUGAUUCGAUUCGAGUGUCCCGCCGGAACACUGUUCGACUCCAACCGGUUGUACUGCGAGCGCAGUGAUAUUGCUUCGUGCACGUACUUCCCGGAAAUGCCCAUGCUGCCGAUCCAGCCAAUCUUUCCUCCGAUCGUACCUCCGAUUGUGAUUCAGCCUGAGUCGGAGAACCAAUUGCUUAAGCGGUGCACUGGCCAACGUGAUGGAACCAAAAUUAGAAAUCCAUUCAACUGUCGCCAAUAUAUUUUCUGCAUCUCGAAGAACCGUUCGCAGAUUUUCGACUGUCCCGCGGGAACGGCGUUCGAUGAGGAUCGUUCGGCCUGCGACUGGGAACGAAAUGUGAAAUGCAACAGAAGUCAAGAGUGACUCAAUUAAACAAUAAAAAUAAAGCUUUCUUAAGCUGGUGGUGGGUAA